CGGAAGUCGUCCAUCGGAAGUCGCAACGGAGUAGUUUCCCACACGAGUCGACGGUUACCUACGAGAGACCGGCGUCGUCACCGUCAUGAGCCUCUUAAACAAGCCUAAGAGUGAGAUGACCCCAGAAGAGCUGCAAAAGCGGGAGGAGGAAGAGUUCAACACGGGGCCACUUUCUGUCCUCACGCAGUCUGUCAAAAACAAUACUCAGGUGCUGAUCAAUUGUCGCAACAACAAGAAACUUCUGGGGCGCGUCAAGGCCUUUGACAGGCACUGCAACAUGGUUUUGGAGAACGUCAAGGAGAUGUGGACAGAGGUGCCUAAGAGCGGGAAAGGCAAGAAGAAGUCUAAGCCUGUCAACAAGGAUCGCUACAUCUCUAAGAUGUUCUUGCGUGGUGAUUCAGUCAUUGUGGUGCUGAGGAACCCCCUAAUAGCUGGAAAGUAACCAGCUGCCCGAGGGCUGUGAAUGCUCCAGAGCUUGGUCCAACAGGAUGCUGUCUCCAGAGUCCCGUCCCCCCCAGGACACUGAUAUAGUUUGUUGAUGGUUUUUACCAUUGGCAUCUCCCCGUACUUCAGAAGUUUUUUGUCCAAUGAGCAUUGUGAAGAAAAGUGGCUGAAUGCUUUUGUUGUUGUUGGUAGAGCUGGAUAAUGGAUUGUCCACUUCGCAAAUGCACCAUAGUUACCGUAUGUGGCCCAAACUCUUCUUUUUGUAAUAAACAUUUUGUUAAA